CGGGGCCGACGUGUCCAACGUCCUCGAGGCUGGCGGGGGCGAGAGGCGCCUUUCGUUUCUUAGCCCCUCCACGUGCUAAGAGGCCGGAAAACGAGGCGGCGAAAGAAUGAUAGGCCAGUCGAGGAUCCGUGUCCGGGAAGCCUGGCCCUCAAUCAGGAACUAAAGAAGGGCUGGAAACCUUCCUUCCUCCCUUCCCCUACGUUCCCAUCCUGAGCCAGAAGGCAUGGAGAAGGCGGAGGCGCAGGGCCACGAUCCGGGAGCGGCUGGGCAGGGCGCCAGCGGGAGAAGUCUCGCGAUAGGAUAUGCGCCGGGGCGGCGGUGGCUCCGCUUCCCUCCUCCUCUUGCUCGCGUUAGUUCCGGCCAUAGAGGAGAGACCGCCGCAGUUGUCGCCGCAUCGGGGAUUUCUGGCUCUUUUCUCUUCGCCUUAAAUUCGGGUGUCUUUUAUGAAUAAUCAAAAGCAGCAAAAGCCAACGCUAUCAGGCCAGCGUUUUAAAACCAGAAAAAGAGAUGAAAAAGAGAGGUUUGACCCUACUCAGUUUCAAGACUGUAUUAUUCAAGGCUUAACUGAAACUGGUACUGAUUUGGAAGCAGUAGCAAAGUUUCUUGAUGCUUCUGGAGCAAAACUUGAUUACCGCCGAUAUGCAGAAACACUCUUUGACAUUCUGGUGGCCGGCGGAAUGCUGGCCCCAGGUGGUACACUGGCAGAUGACAUGAUGCGUACAGAUGUCUGUGUGUUCGCAGCACAAGAAGACUUAGAGACCAUGCAAGCAUUUGCUCAGGUUUUUAACAAGUUAAUCAGGCGCUACAAAUACCUGGAGAAAGGUUUUGAAGAUGAAGUAAAAAAGCUGCUGCUGUUCUUAAAGGGUUUUUCAGAGUCGGAGAGGAACAAGCUGGCUAUGUUGACUGGUGUUCUUCUGGCUAAUGGAACACUUAAUGCAUCCAUUCUUAAUAGCCUUUAUAAUGAGAAUUUGGUUAAAGAAGGGGUUUCAGCAGCUUUUGCUGUAAAGCUCUUUAAAUCAUGGAUAAAUGAAAAAGAUAUCAAUGCAGUAGCUUCAAGUCUUCGGAAAGUCAGCAUGGACAACAGACUGAUGGAACUUUUUCCUGCCAAUAAACAAAGUGUUGAACACUUCACCAAGUAUUUUACUGAGGCAGGCUUGAAGGAGCUUUCAGAAUAUGUUCGGAAUCAGCAAACCAUAGGAGCUCGUAAGGAACUCCAGAAAGAACUUCAAGAACAGAUGUCCCGUGGUGAUCCAUUUAAGGAUAUAAUUUUGUAUGUCAAGGAGGAGAUGAAAAAAAACAAUAUCCCAGAACCUGUCGUCAUUGGAAUAAUCUGGUCCAGUGUAAUGAGCACUGUGGAAUGGAACAAAAAAGAGGAGCUUGUAGCAGAGCAAGCCAUCAAGCACUUGAAGCAAUACAGCCCUCUACUUGCUGCCUUUACUACUCAAGGUCAGUCUGAGCUGACUCUGUUACUGAAGAUUCAGGAGUAUUGCUAUGACAACAUUCAUUUCAUGAAAGCCUUCCAGAAAAUAGUGGUGCUUUUUUAUAAAGCUGAAGUCCUGAGUGAAGAGCCCAUCCUGAAGUGGUAUAAAGAUGCACAUGUUGCAAAAGGGAAAAGUGUCUUCCUUGAACAAAUGAAAAAGUUUGUAGAGUGGCUCAAAAAUGCUGAAGAAGAAUCUGAGUCUGAAGCUGAAGAAGGUGACUGAAUUUUGAAACUACACCCUCAGUAAAGCAAACAGGAGUUGUAGAUAAAAUGUCAUGUCUCAUGUGUCCUGGUUCUUACAUCUUCCUACCUCCCUAUAUCAAGCAUGAUAUAAGGGCUUUCAUGGCAAAUUUUAUUUUAACUUUCUAUGGUUACUGGAAAUGUUGGGUUUAGUUCCUAAAACCAUGUUUUAAGUAGCUACAGGAGCUAUAGAUUUGAAUCUAAUGUUGCAUUAGUCUUUUCAGUUAUCUUCUACCUCCUGUAUUUUCUACUGUAAUAAUGUAAUUUAAGGCCUUCCACAAUGAACAGUUCACUUUUUCCUUGGGUUUUCUAUAUAAACAGUUUUCAAGAUAUGAUUUGGUUAAAAAUAAUUUGUUAUAAAAAUUCUGUUCGCAAAUUAAACUGUAAAAGUAUCCAAAGUCUCAAAAGGCAAUGAUUUGUGUGAUAAUUUGGUAUGCCCAAAGCCCUCCUCAUCAAUGAAAAUCUCAUAUACAAUAAUUGAAUUCAUUAACAUGAAUCUUGAAUAUGUGAACCAUUGCUUACAUGUUAAUAUUUUCUUGCGUUUUUAACCCCAGAUGUCCUUGAGCUCAAUUGUUUGCUCUCUGGUUUUCAUUCCUUAGUGAAGCCAUGGAGAAGAAGCUUGGAAGUGAGGUCUUUGGGAAAUUGUAUGUGGCAGAAGUGGUGGGAAGAAGAAAGUUGAGCUUUUUCCCAUUGAGAAACUUCUGCAUUCAGUUUGUAUCUUUCCAGGCAAAACAAAUGGGUAUUAUUUUCAUAGCAUUUUCACUGUACUUUAGAAAAGUCUUGUCAUUUAAUGAAUUUAACACUUAUAGAUUGAUAGGAAAGGACUCAUGAAAUAGUGUGAGUAAAGGAAUUGACUGUACUAAACCCAGUAUAUUGUUGAAAAUGUUAAAUGAUCAAUGGUUCUAAUGGGGAUUCUAAAUAACUCAUAUUUCCUAUUGGCCUAGAGUAUUUGAUGUAAAGAAUGGGGUACAAUGGUAAUGAUAUAUUCCCACUUGGUCAUAUAGGAUCAGUUUCAUUUUCUUAACAUAUUCACUAAUGACUCAAGCGUCUGGCUAUUAACAUACCCUAGUUGCCUUUUUCUUUCAUUGCCAUGAGCCAAAUAUCUGCUAUACAAUUGAUCCAUUUAUUUUAAUGGCUGCCUUUUAAUGUCUUUCUUUUCUUGCUGUCACCCAUCUAUAUAUGUAGUCAGUAGAAAACAAAAUGUGAUCACCCUUUUUGGUUCAAAAGUUCAUGUUAAAAGUGAACACUUUGAAAGUGUUGAUUGUUGAAAGAAAUUAGCUUGGAAUGAUGAAUGCCACCAGAGACUGACUGAAAAUUGCCCCUUUCAAAGGUGCCAUUUUUAUGAGCCAAGAAUUUGGUGUUUAGAAGUUCACCUGGAAGGAGUAACAUGUAGUAUAAUUUGAAAGGUAUAUAGUAAUCUUAUGAAGAGCAUUAUUACUGAUAGCAUUGUGAAUAGGGUGAAAUUGUUAAAGUUUUCAUGCACAGGCAAAAUAUAUUCAGUAGGUUUCUACAUAGUGAUCUGCUUUUACUUUGUAAUUUGUAGUACUCAAGACUUUUUUUUAAAAAAAUAAAGUCCAUCCUUAUCAGUUUAUAUAGGUCAGUCUUUUUAAUUUUUUAUAUUUUGUAAAUUCCAUGUUAAUGCCCAGUGGUAACUGUAUGUUAUGCAUUCAAGUGUCUUUACUAUGUAAGUAUUAAAUAAUUGCUCUUUUCAUCCUUAUAAUUCCCAAACUGUAAACACCUACACAGAAUUCUGAUGUAGCAGAAACUACAUUAACAUUUCUACAACCAAAUCAUUGCAUGUUACUGCCAUUCAAAACGUACCCUGUUUAAUUAUAUACUGUGUAUAGUGAAUGAGUGUGUAGUCUUCCAGAACUACAUUAUGAUCUUUGAUCAUAGCUUUUUUUUUCAUAAUGACAAAGUGGUGUUUACUAACUACAUUUACAGUAAAUGGGUAAGUCACCUGUGACAGUAUAAAGAAAGGGAAUGCUUUCUGAAAAGACUGGAGAUUUUCAUUUUGAAUUUUAAGUGGUUAUUUUGGAACUCAGCUGCCAGUGCCAACCUAUGGUCUCAAAUAUGUAAUUAAAACAUGUUAAAAUUGUACUUGUAAUUAUGAUUGGAUAAAUGUUCAUUGAUUUUCCUAACUUGGUGUCGGUUUCUAAAGAUAAGUCUCCUCUUAGAUGCCAUAAUUAAAUGUGUGUUUAGAGAUGAUGAUAAGUUUCCUAAUCUUAAUUAUUUCUGGGAGUAUUGUCCUAGAGAUACUUAUUAUGCUGUUCUUAUGAAAACUCCAAAUACCAAAAAGGCCACAGGAUAUUUUGACAUAGCAUAAUGAUGGUGGUGAGAGAAAAUGCAUGUGACUAAGAGAUCUACUUCUAACUCUUGUUUCUCAAAGCUCAUUAUCGCCCUUCCCCAGGAAGCCUUUUUAGACUUUUCUAAUAGCAUCCCAAUAAAUUUUAAUAUAGAUAUACUGUA